GGCUCUGUGGACUGCCCUACUCUGGAGUUUGAAUAUGGAGAUGCAGACGGGCAUGCAGCAGAGUUGUCAGAAUUAUAUAGCUACACAGAGAACCUGGAAUUUACCACUAACAGGCGGUGCUUUGAAGAAGAUUUCAGGACUCAAGUGCAAGACACUAAGGAAUGGCUGGAGUUGGAAGAAGAUGCCCAAAAAACUUAUGUGAUGGGACUUCUGGACCGACUGGAGGUGGUUAGUAGGGAACAACGGCUUAAGGUGGCCCGGGCUGUUCUGUAUCUAGCCCAAGGCACUUUUGGGGAAUGUGAUUCAGAGGUGGAUGUGCUUCACUGGUCCAGAUACAACUGCUUCCUGCUCUAUCAGAUGGGGACCUUCUCGGCCUUCCUGGAGCUACUCCACAUGGAAAUCGACAACAGCCAGGCCUCCAGCAGUGCCCUUCGGAAGCCAGCCGUCUCCAUUGCUGACAGCACUGAGCUCAGGGUGCUGCUGAGUGUCAUGUACCUAAUGGUGGAAAAUAUCCGCCUGGAGCGAGAAAUAGACUCCUGUGGGUGGAGGACAGCCCGAGAGACCUUCCGAACUGAGCUCAGCUUUUCCACCCAUAAUGAAGAGCCUUUUGCCCUCCUGCUCUUUUCCAUGGUUACCAAAUUCUGCAGUGGCCUGGCGCCUCACUUUCCAAUAAAGAAGGUUCUGCUUCUGCUCUGGAAGGUGGUUAUGUUUACCCUUGGUGGAUUUGAGCAUCUGCAGGCUCUCAAAAUACAGAAGCGCGCAGAGUUGGGCCUGCCUCCACUGGCUGAGGACAGUAUCCAGGUCGUAAAGAGUAUGCGUGCUGCCUCCCCACCUUCUUACACUCUCGAUCUGGGGGAGUCUCAGCUGGCCCCUCCACCCUCCAAGCUGCGGGGCCGCCGUGGUUCUCGAAGGCAACUCCUCACCAAGCAAGACAGCCUGGACAUCUACAAUGAAAGGGAUCUCUUCAAGACUGAGGAGCCAGCCACAGAGGAAGAAGAAGAGUCUGCAGCUGAUGGAGAACGAGCCUUGGAUGGAGAGUUAGACCUACUAGAGCAGGAUCCUCUGGUGCCACCUCCACCCUCACAGACACCUCUCUCUACUGACCGAGUAGCCUUUCCCAAGGGCCUUCCCUGGGCACCAAAGGUCAGACAGAAGGACAUUGAGCACUUCUUGGAGAUGAGCAGAAAUAAGUUCAUUGGAUUCACCCUGGGGCAGGACACAGAUACCUUGGUUGGAUUACCUCGACCCAUCCAUGAGAGUGUGAAGACGCUAAAGCAGCACAAGUAUAUCUCCAUUGCAGAUAUACAGAUCAAGAAUGAAGAGGACCUGGAGAAAUGCCCCAUGUCUUUGGGAGAAGAGGUGGUACCAGAAACACCAUGUGAAAUCCUCUACCAGGGCAUGCUGUACAGCCUUCCGCAGUACAUGAUUGCUCUGCUUAAGAUUCUACUGGCUGCAGCCCCCACCUCCAAGGCUAAGACAGACUCUAUCAAUAUCCUAGCAGACGUCCUGCCUGAAGAGAUGCCCAUAACUGUUCUCCAGAGCAUGAAGCUGGGCAUUGAUGUGAACAGACACAAGGAGAUCAUCGUAAAAAGUAUCUCUGCCCUGCUCCUUCUACUUCUCAAACACUUCAAACUCAACCAUAUCUACCAGUUUGAAUAUGUGUCACAACAUUUAGUAUUUGCCAACUGUAUCCCCUUGAUCCUGAAGUUCUUCAAUCAAAAUAUCCUGUCCUAUAUCACUGCCAAAAACAGCAUUUCGGUGCUGGACUACCCAUGCUGUACCAUCCAGGAUUUGCCAGAGCUUACUACCGAGAGUCUGGAAGCUGGAGACAAUAGCCAGUUCUGCUGGAGGAACCUCUUUUCCUGCAUCAACCUCCUGAGGCUGCUCAAUAAACUGACCAAAUGGAAGCACUCCCGGACCAUGAUGCUGGUGGUGUUUAAAUCAGCUCCAAUCUUAAAGCGAGCCCUCAAAGUCAAACAGGCCAUGCUACAACUUUAUGUUUUGAAGCUACUAAAGAUACAGACCAAGUACCUUGGGCGCCAAUGGAGGAAAAGCAACAUGAAGACUAUGUCAGCCAUUUACCAGAAGGUGCGCCACCGCAUGAAUGAUGACUGGGCUUAUGGCAAUGACAUUGAUGCCAGGCCAUGGGACUUCCAAGCUGAAGAGUGUACCCUGAGGGCCAACAUUGAGGCUUUUAACAGCCGCCGGUAUGAUAAACCACAGGACUCAGAGUUUUCGCCUGUGGAUAACUGCUUGCAGAGUGUGCUGGGGCAGAGGUUGGAUCUGCCUGAAGAUUUCCACUAUUCCUAUGAGCUCUGGCUGGAGAGAGAGGUGUUUUCGCAGCCCAUCUGUUGGGAGGAGCUGCUCCAGAAUCACUAAGCUCUUGUCACAAAGCAUCUGAUAGAUGGAUGUGCUUUGCCUAUCCUGUCCCUUCAGCUCCAGAGUGUGUGUCAGCAGAAGUUCCAACCCAGCAUCCAGCAGGGACUUCCCGCAUAGUUCAGGGCUAUUCUGGAUGCCAUUAGGCCUGAAGGUGGUGCAAAGCUGGGAUCCUGAGUCAAAGCACUUGGACCAGCUUGCUCUAGGCUCAGCUAAGUACCUAGGUGGCCUUGAAAUCUCUUGAUGGAUCAGUGCUGGUGAGGCUCUUUUAUGGAGCCUGGUUUAAUCUUGCCUAGAACCAGGCUAGCCUUUGUUACAAAUUUGUUAUGGCAUUGGACCCAUGACAUUCAUCUCAAGCAAUGAGAUAGGUACAGGCCAUAAAAUGAGGAAAUUUUCUUCUUGCUCACUCUAAAUGCCUGAGACCUAACAUUUAGACUGUAUUUCACAUUUAAGGUUUUGACACUUACCUCUUUAUAAAAUAACCAUUCACUCUAUGAUCUGAGAGCCCUGCCCCUUUAUAAAGGAUGAUUGUUUGCAAAUAUUGCAUGUUAUAGAAAAACGUAUAGAUCCUUAAGAGAUCUGUGUUCAGUGUUAAAGUGUUUCCUGUGUAUUUGGUAUAGUGCUUUGAGUGGUUUGCCGUUUGGGAAGAACCACCUCUAAUGUGAAAUAAUGUGGCCUUCUCUAAAAAUAUCUUAUGUUUUUCAUAAAUUAUUUGUAUCAAAAUGGGUGAGUACACUGCAGAAAAUUACUAAUAGAACCCCAAAUCUUCAUUUGAGUGAGGAGAGGAGUAGUGUUGCUUGAGACAGGAUCUGGUUAUGUAGCCCUACUUGGGCUGGAACUUCCUAUGUAGACAGGCUGGCCUUGAACUUGUAGUGAUCCUCCUGCCCCCACCUCCUGAAGCCUGGGUUAUAGGCUUGAGCCACCACCUCUAGCCAAUUCACUUUUAAAUGACAAGUUGAUUAUAGGAGGUUUUAUUUACUGAUAUGUGUCCAUUUGUGAUUUUUUUUUUUAAUUAAAA